CAGCGGUGGGCAGGGCGUUUACUGCACUCCACACUUUUGCUUUAUCUUGAAUACAAGAUCCUGUUCCAGUUUGUGACUCUCGUGGAACAAUUAUCCAUUAAAAUUAUCAGUCUAAGGUCACUUGUUUAGACAUUUGGAUAAGAAAUAAUUGUUCUUCCCGGCAUUUUCUAUAAUUUGUCCGAAAAUCUUCCUUCCCUGACACUUGGUCUUGGCACUGUAAGGCCUUCCCUUACUGCCUCUGCUGAAGCCAGUUCAACCAGCCUUAGUGAAAGAUUUGGUACAUCCAAAAUAUUAACACAAAUAGUGAAUGAAAUGAGCCUAGGAGUUUGACCGUCCCUUGAUCGGUGUUAAAGAUAAUGCCAACAAUAUAUUAUUAUAAAACAGUUUGAUGUACACAGCACUUGCGUCAAAAUGUCGCAUGUGACUGUGGUAGAGGUGAAUGAAUCUCUUAUUAAGAACUUUGUUGAGGAGGCUGCCUUAAGAUUAGGCGUCGAAGAUCUGAAGACAACAACUGAGCAUAAACAAGAAUGCAUAUUUUGCCAGCGGAGAUUCUCACGGGGUAACGUCACCCAAGACAGACUAUGCCAGUGCACAGUGUCUAAGACGAACCCAAAGUCCGAAGAUUUAUAUGCGAACUUCAAUGAAUUACAACAACGUGUCUAUGGAAUGACAACAGACACACCUUCAACCUUUCCGGCUGAAAGACGUGAUCUGCCAAACAUUCAUACAUCGAGGGGACUAGUUAGAAAAUGUAGCAUUAUCGACCAGAAUGUUGGGGUGACUGGGGCGGUGUUCAUGGUGUCUGACCCUGGCUGCCAACAGCAGCUGGAUACUUCCGACGAUGAGUCAGAUUCUUCACUCACCUCUUCUGUCUCGUCAUUAUCAGAGUCUGAUUCGGGCUUGAGCAACAUAAUUGAGGUAGAAGGGAGGCCUGCGUCCCACCAUGCCACCACCAUCGCUAUCGGUGAGAACAAACUACACAACCGGCUCCUGCUACACAUCCCUGGGGCGACUGAGGACGAUAAGAGUAGUGAGUCUCGGGAGCAUGGCACCGAGGGAGUCCUCCGGGAAGUUUCCUCAUUACAGACUAACGAGGUAAAAGUCACUGAUGACUCUACAGACACAACGAUGACUCUUGAGUGGCGAGUCAUUCCUCCCUCGUCACCCAUACUCCAACAACCUGCGCACCUUGAGCUAGAGGGCGAUCGAGGCUCCACACCUACUUCCUUCUCCAGCGCCUACACGGUGACGGAGCUGGAGAACGAGAGCACCAGCGAGGACUCUGAGGCUCCACGCCACAACUGGUUAGGCCAAGAUUCAGACGAAGAGCUGCAAGGGAAUCCAAGAAUUCCAAACCGUCACAACCCCGAAGGUGCCUUGCUGUCCAUCAGCGAAGAUAAUUCACUGCCCUGGGGAGACGACAAUCAGCACUUGUCGGAUACUAAUGAGAGUGACUCUGUCGGCAGAAUUACUUCCGCCCGUCACAUUGUCCUAGAUAUUACAGGAAAUACAAUCAAAUCUGUGUUGUCUAGAGCGGAAGGCGCUUCCCUAGGGUGCAAGCUCCGCGAGGAGCUAUAUCGGCUGCGUCAUACCUCAGACAGCAGCAGUUGCGGUGGUGAUAGUAUCGUUUAUAGCUACAUUCCCUGCCGUGAUCAACGGGAAAAGGAGGACGAAGAACUGUGGGUAGCCAACGAAGCUGCAGACCCCGAAGGUAGCCAGAUCUUCCAUGGAGUAGCACCUCCCCUCUUGCUUCCCCCGUGGGGCUGGGGCGACUCACUCGGAGGUGGGUCUGGCAAGCCAGAGCCAACAAAGCGCGGACCAGUCUGGGCUGAGCAGCUGCGGGCGCCGCACGUUUGUGUGACUGCUCCUUCGUGUGUGUCAUCGCUCAUGUGUACCCUGGCGCCUUCCCUCGCCGCCCCCGUUCCGGUGGGCACAGAAACCACUCAGCGCAAACACUACUCCACAAGACAGAGAGUAGUCGAACCUCAGAUAAUUACAGUCGUGGACGAGGAACCAAAGUACAAACAAAACUGGAACAAGCUCAACAAUGGUGACACAGAAACCCAGAGUGAAAACCUCCAAACGUCCGGCACGACCAACAUGCCCACCAAAAGAUUUUCCUUCCUCAUCAGGAGCAACAGCGUGAAAAAAGAGAGCGUCACCGAUCCCAACUCGGUGCCCGCAGUCCGACAGCCAGUGACCCCUAGUGACCAAGCCAUCCUCGACAAGCUGGCCACCCUCAACAUAGAGGCGCCAGAUAUUGUGUUCAAACCCAGGACACGGUGCUCACUCUUCGAACCUCCCUGUGUUCGAUGCGGAGAGCCCGUCUACCUUCAGGAGCGCACAGAGCCCACCCUUAGGCUCGUCUACCACAGUUCCUGCUUCAAGUGCCAUAGAUGUGGGGUUAGGCUCACGCUGAAGACGUUCUUUAGGAGCCCACUAGACUCUAAGGACAGCCGGGUGUUCUGUAAGAGUCACGUACCCUCGUUAGACCCAGGCCGGCUGGACCCAGGCCGACUGGACCCAGGCCGCCCCGACACAUCUUCAGGCAAGAGCUCCCCUGACGGCACCAGACCAGACACUCACAGCGACACCUGCAGGAUCAGCAGCAACAGUAGUCACACAAGAAAAAUGUCACUGCAAGAUAAGCUUGACAUUGUUAAGUGUGACACUAUCGGUCUUCGUUACUUCUGAUGUCUUCUGCCACUGGGGCCUCGUACACUGCAGCUCCAGAUUAAAAAAUGAAAGGCUGAAGACACCAACAGUGAUGAAGACAAGUGAAAGAAGAGUCCUAGAAGGAAACUUUGCUCUACCUUUUGUAUUUUGUGCUGUAAUUAUACAUAAAUACAUUCUAUUUAUCUUUAAUUGAAUUUUUUGCAAAAAUAUGGUUAGCUUUAAAGUUGUUAUACAAGUCCUAAUGCAUGAUUUAUUAACAUUCUAUUAAGUGCACAAUUUAAUUUUCUAUGGUAGGUAAAUGCUAUCCCAACAUGAAACAAGUAUGGCUUAGGUUUUGUUUUUAACAUGUUCACAAUUUCUAUAAUAUACAUAAUAUAUAUUUGAGUAAACCAAUAUACCGAAUAAUAAAUGGAGGAAAUUAUGCAAAAAGAAGAAUGGUAAUUGUUAGCAUAUUAUAACAAUUAUGGUGCUGUGGUAUAUAAAAUAGUUAAAUUCUUUGCCAAAAGCUGCCACCAGGUUUUCCACUUAUAACUAACUUCAUUAAAAUAUUAACUUAUUUAUACUCUACCACUUACCACUUUUAAACAUCAAACACACUAUCAAGCUAAAUCGACAUAAUAACAUUUUGGGCCCCAUGCAAAUUCCAAAUUUUAAAGUAAAUUUAAGGAAAAAACAAUUCUUCAUUGUAAUCUUAAGGAACCAAUUGAGGCUAACAUAAUAAAUUUCUCCAAUAUUUUCAGCUUUCCUAUCAGACUUACUAGAUGUAUUAAAAAGACUAAUAAUACCUUAAUAAGGUAUCUAUUUUGACUACAAAGUAUUAUUCGUUUUAUAGUACUCCUCAAUUCAUCAUUAGUUCUGUAUUUGCCUAUACAAGCGAGGCUCAGAUCUGACUUUGCAAUCAUUGGUUGCCAUUAACAAAUUACUCUAUGACCACAUCUAAAAAAUCCCUGUGCAAAACAUUUUAAUACUAUUUAAGGUGAAUAAAGUUUCCAAUUUCUAUUGCUCCAAGCUGGUUUUAAAUUUUAUAUAUUUGUUAAUGUUUAAGAGUUUUUAUAUUAUACUUGUGAAUUGCAUAUGAUAACACAAAUAAAAUGUAUCUUAUA